AUGCCCCCACCACUUCCUCCUGUGCUAUCUACCACGCACGAUCACGAAGUAGAUAGUCCCUCAACUUCUAUUCUCAACAUCAUAAAACCACCCGUUCCAAGUCGACGAAUAAGAACGUCUCAAACACCCAACAAUGCAGAAGUUUUGGUACCGCCUCUUAUCGCAGGCACCCUCGUCGCUGCUUUCGCAACUGCCCUCGCCGAUGGACUAAACAACGAACUCCUCACACAUUACUACCUCCCCGAACAAAAGUUCCGAGUCAACAUCGACAGGGUCUUAGACAGAUUAUUAUCCGAGUUUACGUCGAUGUUAUGGGAUGAACUGUGGACUUUUUACUGUGACUCCAACCCAAAUUCGACGGAGCAGAUUAAGAAGUUGUUUGAUGGACCGGUUUGUCAACUUAUACUCAUCCUUAAUGGACCUGAGGCACCAAGAUGUCUGCUUGAUAAACUUGGUCCCGGUAUUUCGAGACGACCUUCGACAUGGUCCGAGUUGGCGCAGGGGAUUGAUCUUCCUGUUGCGCUGCAGUUGCUUUGCAAUUAUUGGGAUAGGGAGUAUCCUGCUCGGUCGCCCAGGGGUUCACCCAACGAGAUUGCUGCAUCACUGCACAAGUAUAUCACGACAGGGAACUCGGCUAAACGACUUAUCUUGAGGAUCCGGGAGACACUUAUCUCACCUCACCAUGUGCAGAUGCAUGUCAUGGAGUCGGCGAUGUGGCAUAUCCUCACCAGGCCCCUUUAUCGACCGCCCGGAGAUGGUUUCCAUGUUGUACAGUUCAAGUUUGAAUGUCAACUACCAGGGAUACUUCAGGGUAUGAACGACCCUCAACUCGUAAAGAUUGGUAGUCGGACAGCUAUCACUGGAACCGCCAAUGACUGCGUCUACACCACUAUAUCCGAAUACACAACCAAGCAGUGGCCUAAGUGCGGCGAACUCCUCCUGGGAUGUAUCGAAGAUGCCGUCAAAGAAGGGUUGACAUCAAGUCGCGAAGGCCACUCGUUCUCUGGCAUGUCCAUCUGGGACGGAACCGAUAACCCUUUCUUAUGUCCUGGUCUACGUCUUCUACACGUCGAAGUUGAAGACGGCUAUAUUCGACUCACUGUAUCAGCAUGGACACAUACCAUGAUUGAGAUACUCCAGCAAAUGGCAUGGACAUGCUCCACACUUAGCGCCUCACCACUUCCUGGCUCGUUAUCUGAGUCUUCUGUUGAAGUAGCAGACUGGCAAUACAUGGAGGACUCAAUUUUUGUCGAGUGCAGUCUCUCACAUCGGCCUGUGCCGGAGGGAGAUGGACCUACGUGGUUGAAGCAACUGGGAGGGGUCGCUAUUGCGAAUGGGUUUCCUAUAAGUCAUAUUCGGGAAGAUGCACAGAUGUCGUGA